UGGGAAGUAGUAGCAGCAGCCGAGAGAGAGAGAGAGAGAGAGAGAGAGAGAGAUGUUUUUGAGGAAACGCACAUCACCAUCUUAAUACUGUGUCUGCUCUUUCCGUGUUUUGAUUCAUGCAUGGUGUGAGGGAGUGAUAGAGUGAGUUAAAGUUUGAUAGCUCUUGAUGGGUCUUCGGAGGGUUACGUAUGAGCUCCCAUCGUAGCUUCAGCCUUUGCUUAGAGACAAGCAAUCCAUGUGUGUUAGACAGUGACCUUGGAGAGUAGCCCAUCAUUGCCAUCUCUUCACGAGAGAGAGAGAGAGAGAGAGAGAGCUUUCAUUUUCAUUUUUGUUUUCUUCUGGUCUAAAUUCAUGUCUUUGUUUUAGCUACCCAAUGAGUGACGCCUUUCUGUUUCUCCUCUGUGGCCUAUAUAUUCCUGCACUAUUUGUCACCUCCCAUUGACUAAACUGCUCUUCAUCUCUAGCUUAGCCGACACUCCCCACUUCUCUCGAAUCUUUCAAAUAUGCAAAAUAUAGGACCCUCUUAAGUAUAUAAUGAGCCAAAGUUUGAAUUACACAAGAUAGAGAUAGAAAGAAAAGCAGAAGAAAGAGAGAUCAAGAUCAAAGAUUUCUUUGUUGAUAUUCCCCCUCCCCCCUUCUCUCGGAUCAGUCUUUGCCUUUAAAAGACCAUGUUUCCUGCAACCAUGUCGAAUUCCACUACUUUGUCUGAUGAAGCAAGUGUCUCUUCUGGUGCAAGAGUGUUGGAUUUUUGCAGCUUCAACCACAACACCGAUACUACCAACAAGAACAACCAAGAAAAUUCACUGCAACAACAGCCUCAACAACUGAUCACCACCGUUCACAACAACUCUCCACAGCAUCAGCAGCAGAAGAAGAUCAGGAAGAAGAGAAGCCUCCCCGGAAACCCAGACCCAGAUGCAGAAGUGAUUGCGCUGUCCCCAAAGACCCUCAUGGCCACGAACAGGUUCGUGUGCGAGAUCUGCAACAAGGGCUUCCAGAGGGACCAGAACCUGCAGCUCCACAGGAGAGGCCACAACCUCCCAUGGAAGUUGAAGCAGAGGAGUGGCAAAGACCAGGUGGUUAGGAAGAGGGCUUAUGUGUGCCCUGAGCCUACCUGUGUCCACCACCACCCUUCGAGGGCUCUCGGUGACCUCACAGGGAUCAAGAAGCACUACUGCAGGAAGCAUGGAGAGAAGAAGUGGAAGUGUGAGAAAUGCUCCAAGAUUUAUGCGGUCCAGUCUGAUUGGAAGGCUCACUCCAAGACCUGUGGAACCAGAGAGUAUCGAUGUGACUGUGGCACUCUCUUCUCCAGGAAGGACAGCUUUGUGACACACAGAGCAUUUUGUGAUGCACUAGCUGAGGAGAGUGCAAGGCUCUCGGCGAGUCAACUUACCACCGUUGACCCAAAUAUCCCUCUUCACCACCGCCACCUUCACCCACCGCCCACUCUCUUCCCUCUCCCCUCCUUCCUCUCCAACCCGCCACCGCAGCCAACAACCCACGUUUCGCUCGCCCCUAACUGGGAUCCACCCCAAAACCCUAGCUACCCUCCGCGGGUCCAUGUAAAACCUGAAACCCUCCGUUUCCAAGUCCCUCUGCUCUCCUCACAACCACAACUCAUCUUUCAAGAGCGGCCCAGCCACAAGGCCAUGAUCACCACACCCUUCCAAGCCCUCCACGGCACUGCUGCUGGCACAUCGCCGCACCUCUCCGCCACCGCGCUGCUCCAGAAGGCCACCACCAUGGGCUCGGUGGCCACUUCUGCCAUUGGCCACCAUCAUCAUCAUCACUCAGCUCGCUCGGCCAGCCACAUUGCAUCGCUCAGUGUGGGGGCUGACUAUGGCGCACCAAGUGUUCCCCCAGAGCUCGUCAAAGAGCUGGCAGCAUCACCACUGGAGAGCCUUGGGGCUUGGCGGAAGAGCGACGGGUUGACCAGGGACUUCCUGGGGCUGACCGGAGAGGUCAACGCCGGGAGCGGGAGGGUCAACGUGGGGGACUUGCUAGGGUUCACUAAGGGGAUGGAGCUUCAACAGGCGUACAAGCGCGAGCAAUCUGCGUUGAAGAUUAGUGACGGUUUUGGCUUUGCGGAUCAGAACAAUGCAAGCUGCUUCUCAGACUUGGAGUGAUUGUUGAAUUCGAAAUAUGGCAUGACCAAAAACAGUAGUAAUCUUCAGUGGGUUUUUAGUGUUUUUUAACUUUACGGUGAAUCUUUAAGGCGUGGUGGGUGGUUUGACAGCCAUCUAAUGUCAUUGGGAAAAUACUAAAUGAAAAGACACAGAGGAAGAAAAAAAAAAUUAGGGUUUUUUCCCUCGUCAAGUAGGCAUUAUCUUGUUGGAGUUAAUUAUUUCUUGGGGAAUUUUCAUAUUCUUUUAGAUGCAUAAUUUUGUUACUUGUGGAA